AGGUUGUCCAUAAACCCAGGGCACAGUCCACAGCACAGGAUUCAAAGCCCUUAGCCCAGAAACAGCUGGGCCUUAGAGGUGUUUGCUCAUGACCUUUUUUCUUGCCACACCCCGGGGCUCUUGGGAGGAGCUGAGGUCAGAGCGGCAGUGCCAGGAUGCUGCCUCUGUCAACGCGGGCGUUCAGCUGCCUUCCUGGGUCCCGUCACAUCCUUCUUGCUCAAUCAUUGGGUGCUCAGCAUGGAAGCUGCUCUCCCCUCUCUGAAAGGUAGCGCCUGGCGUGGCUUCAUGGAGUUGUGGCUGGAGACGGAAGCGGCAGCCACUCCUUAGACUUUCUGUAGCCAGGCUGUGUCCGAGGAAGGGGAGACGCUCCACGCCCCCCACAGGCUGGAGGAGAUGGAAGGACAAGUGGUAGGCGGGAAGCUCAGGCUCUUCCACAGCUGGCUGCCUCGACUCCGAGCAGGAUCUCUUCAGGAUAAUCCAAGGGACCCUGUAAAGGAGACAGAAAGGCCCCAGGAGCACUGUCUGCCCGCCUUCGCUGGAGGGCAACACUUCUUUGAAUACCUCCUCGUGGUUUCCCUCAAAAAAAAGAGUUCGGGGCCUGACUAUGAGCCCACCAUCACCUACCAGUUUCCCAAGAGGGAGAACCUGCUUCGGGGACAACAGGAAGAGGAGGAGCGGCUACUCGGGGCCAUCCCCUUGUUCUGCUUCCCAGAUGGCAAUGAGUGGGCCUCACUCACGGAGUAUCCCAGGGAGACCUUCUCCUUCGUCCUGACCAACGUGGAUGGGAGCAGGAAGAUCGGCUACUGCAGGCGCCUCUUGCCCACCGGCCGUGGCCCUCGCCUCCCAAAGGUGUACUGCAUCAUCAGCUGCAUUGGCUGCUUCGGCCUGUUCUCCAAGAUCCUGGAUGAGGUGGAGAAGAGGGACCAGAUCUCUGUUGCGGUGAUUUACCCCUUCAUGCAGGGCCUCCGAGAGGCGGCCUUCCCUGCUCCUGGGAAGACCGUCACUCUCAAGAGCUUCAUCCCCGACUCGGGCACGGAGUUCAUCUCUCUGACUCGGCCCCUGGACUCCCACCUAGAACACGUGGAUUUUAGUUCUCUGCUAAAGUGUCUCAGUGUUGAGCAGAUCCUUCAGAUCUUUGCAUCUGCGGUGUUGGAGAGAAGAAUCAUCUUUCUGGCAGAAGGUCUCAGCACCCUGUCUCAGUGCAUCCAUGCUGCUGCCGCGCUACUCUACCCCUUCAGCUGGGCACACACCUACAUCCCCGUUGUCCCUGAGAGACUCCUGGACACUGUGUGCUGCCCCACCCCCUUCAUGGUCGGAGUCCAAAUGCGCUUCCAGCAGCAGGUCAUGGAGAGCCCCAUGGAAGAGGUCCUGUUGGUGAAUCUUUGUGAAGGAACCUUCUUAAUGUCGGUUGGUGACGAAAAAGAGAUCCUUCCACCUAAGCUUCAGGAUGACAUUUUGGACUCCCUUGGUCAGACGACCAAUGAGCCAUGGACUUCAGAACAGCUCAAUGAGCAUGUUUCGGGCCCGUUUGUGCAGUUCUUUGUCAAGACGGUGGGACACUAUGCUUCCUACAUCAAGCGGGAGGCAAACGGGCAAGGCCACUUCCAAGAACGGGCCUUCUAUAAGGCUCUGAACUCCAAGGCCAACCGCCGAUUUGUGAAGAAGUUUGUGAAGACACAGCUCUUCUCCCUUUUCAUCCAGGAAGCGGAGAAGAGCCGGACUCCUCCUGCAGGGUACUUCCAACGGAAGAUACUUGAAUAUGAGGAACAGAAGAAACACAAGAAAUCAAGGGAAAAGACUGUGAAAUAAGAGCUGUGGUCAACAGGAGGGACUGGACUCACAGGCCAGUUUUGGACUUUGGCGCCUGCCAGCACGGCGGGACUGGCGAAGCGCGCCGCCUCCAGAAUCCACAGCCUUCUUCUGAGUCCUGGUAACCAGGUCUUGUUUUGAGCUGGCGUCUUGGGUUUGGGAUCCCUGGAAUCAGUUUCUCUGGACUCUGGAAGGCUCCAAGCUCUGUGCUCACAGGGCUGGGCUCCAAGGGGCACGUCCUGCAUGGGAGACGCAGAGCAGCAGACGGUAGUAGCACAGGCGUUGGGGAGCCUCCGAAGUUGCUGUGACGGUCCUCCUCCAGGAACCACUAUACUAAACCCUCAACACGGAGAGCAGUUGUGGCCCAAAGGCUCAGUCUCUCCACAUAAAAAAGAAGUCUGUGGGCAUGUGAAGCUAAGAAUAAAGAUGACAAUCUCCUUGUU